AAUAUGUCCAUUAAAGAUGGCAGUGUUUUAUAACAUGGAGGUUGGAUGCUGCGUGGACCGAGAAAGUCUUUGUAAUAUCACCUGGGCCAUCCCGACUGGUGACUCUUGGAAUCUUAUCAGUUUUCAGGAUUAUUAUGAAUUGUUUCGUUAUUCUUAUCAAUCAUGACUCCAAAUGCACCGUAGAAAGUGUUAAAUUAUUUCUACGAGAUAUUCCGGUACUUUCGAUUUCCCGAAUCUCUAGCUCUUGCUGCUACAUCAUGAAUUUUUUUACUAUGUUUAUUUCCUAGUUUUAAUAAUGCAUCCCGGAUAGCACACAGUGUUCUAAGAAUAUUCGUUACAUGACCUAAUAUUUUUCUGACAAAAUAUACUUAUAAAACGAUCUACGAAAAUUUAUGGCACAUUGACGCCUAGUGUAGAAAAAAAAGUUUUUCAGAUAUUUCUACAAAUACUCUUUGAAUAUUCCUUUUGCGUAGCUGUUCAAUGAUUCUUAAAACUUUGUGAUACGAAUGUGUUACCUCAGUACCAGCAUCAUUGCCUAUACAUAUAUUGAUUGUUAACAUUAACUAUAUCUGUGCGUAAAAUUUUCGAGUAAUCCUGUGAGAUCCGAGUGCAAUCUCGAGGGCACAUCUUUCUUAGAUUUUUUUUUAAUUGUGAAAGAACUUUUAUGAUAGUGUCUUGUGAUCUGAUAAAAUACAUGACAAUGUGGAUCAGGUAGCGCCGUACGCAGAGCGGGAAACAAAUGUCGUCACGUGUACCAGAGUGGCACGUAGUCUGUUUCUAAUUAUUCCCAACUAAUGUACUGUGCCUUUAUGUGGUUCGAUACAAGUGAACAUUUGAGUAAUAAUCUGAUCCAAAAGAUCAGAAGAAAAAAUAUUCCCUUUCAGAAGGAACAACACAGUGCCAAAAUACAAAGCAUCUAAAAGUUCCUGAUACAGAAAAAAAAGUUGCUAAAUUAACUAAUACGUUUGCAGAAUUAGCAAUGUUAAAAAUUUUCAAUUAAAAUUUGCAAAAGUAUGCCAAUUAAUUAUAACGUAUCAUAAUAACAAUUGAUGUUAGAAGUACAUCCUAUAAAUUUUUAAAUGAAGUUCAGUACCCACAAGAAUUUUAUCCUGAUCGAUCACAACAGAUUUCUAAUAGUUCAAGCGAAAAUAAGAUGGAAACUUUCAGAAGCAGAUACCAAGUUGAAUUAAUGAUAGCAGAACUGGUUAAAUUUAAAAUCUCAGCAAGUGCCUAAUGACUUAGCUACUGUAUUAGCUAUUAUACGCCAAGCAAAAUCCCUCUAGCCGGGGAUCGAUCGCCAGCGAGUCUCGAAGGUCAAGACUGGCCGUCGCAUAAGUAGCUAGCACGAAGAUCGUGGGAAAGAUCGAGCUUGCAGUAGGCGUGCGGGUGAGAGGGCGAGUGGUUAAGCUUGCAGCUGGAAGCACAGUAAAAACGGAGAGGAAGCCGUCGUGAGGUGGCUAAAUAGAGGAAGAGGUGAAGGGUCAAGUCACCUAAGGGCGAGUGGGGUGAUGCAGCGCGAAUGGUCUGCGGCAUGGAGUACUCGCUGGAGGCUCUCAUGCAGGCGGGCCUCAUCUCUGUGGUCGGCGUCGCCAUCAUCAUGUCGAAUCUUCUCAUCAUCGCCACCUACCUCAACUACCGCGGUCCCUCCGAGGUGAUAAACUACUACUUAUUAUCAUUGGCUUCGGCAGACCUUCUUUGCGGUGUGCUAGUGGUCCCGCUUUCAGUACACUCGGCCCUGAUACGAGAUUGGGCAUACCCCAAACCCUUAUGUCGUCUUGUCGGCUACCUUGAGGUCACCCUAUGGGCCGUCUCGGUCUACACUUUUAUGUGGAUCUCUGUCGAUCGGUAUCUUGCUAUCAGAAAACCGUUGCGAUACGAGACCGUGCAAACGAAGACUCGCUGUCAGUGCUGGAUGGCCUUCACGUGGAUCAGCGUGGCAAUGAUGUGCUGUCCGCCCUUGCUUGGCCUCGACAAGGCGAAAUUCGACAAUGAGGCGUUCAUUUGCAUGCUGGACUGGGGCAACAUGGCCGCCUAUACAGUAACCCUCUCGAUUCUCGUUCUUGGUCCCUCGAUCAUCACCAUCGUCUAUACUUACUUCUACAUAUUCUCAAUGAUGAGGAGGUUGAGAUCCGGCGUGCCGAUUCAUGAUAAGGAAUACGCAACCGCCCUCUCGGAGAACCUGAGUAACCCAAGCCACAUCGUAUCCUUCGUUCUGGUGAUGGUCUUCUGGGUAUCCUGGGCACCGUACGCAGGACUCAAGAUUUACGCCGUGGUUAAUGGACCGCCCCAGGUACCAUUCUUGCAAUUCGCUGUGGUCUGGUUCGGCGUGACGAACAGCUUCUGGAAGGCUGUCAUCCUGGGAACGUUAAGUCCCCAAUUCCGCCUCGCGGUCCGAGUUCUUUGUGUGACCCUGUGCUGUCGGCACAGACGACUUCCGCCGGAACUACUUGGCUUGGACGACGAUGAUUAACGUUAUCUUCUGAGCAGCGAGGACGCAGGUUGUUGAGAUAAAUGAUGAGACAUGGGGAGGGGAAAGGAAGAUAAUUAAUAAAUAUACGAUAGAGGAAAAUAAAAUAUAAACGCGCGUGCGACCAUUCUACUCACGCCGCAUUCCUAGAGCAUCGCUUUACCUAUAUCGGUCCGAACCUCCUACGUGAACUCCAGUUGAACUCUUCCGAUCGCGUUGAAUCAUUCAAUGAAAAGGAAACUCUUCUAGCCUCGGUCAGAACGUUUAGUGACACACACCGAGCCGAGGCAAUAUUUUCGCAGCUUUGCGAACGUCGUCUGACGAUUCUUGGGUCAAAUGCAUAUUGGGCGACUUGAUUAGACGCUUUACAGCAAUACGUGCAUUUGUACGUGCUUACGUUGUAAAGUCUUGUACUUAACGAGUAAAAGAAGCGUAGCGGUAGGAAAUUAGUAAGGAAAGUGAAGAAGAGCAACAGUAGGGAUUGAGGAUAGUGCGUUUACUUAUGGUUAAAUAAAUUUAUAAAUAUAUAAUAAAAUUGUGCAGUAGCAGAGGAGCUGUGAUUAGAAAUACGCUUUUUUGCUACUCAAUAAAAAAAAUGAAUACCUAAAACGAGGAAACUAAGAUUUUUCAUGAUGAUGAAAACGUUGCUGGAAAUGUACAUGCAUUUGACCGAGACACAGAGGCUGUGUCUGUCAGAACGACUGGUAUCUAUUCGUCACCAGUUUUAUUCUAUGACUGUAGAAACGUUCCGAUUUGGCUGUAUGUUCACAUUGUCUAUAUAUUCUCGCUUCGCUCAAUUGUAGAGUCUGUUGCAUAGUGUAAAAAUUUCGUAACAAUGGAGAGAAAAAAAAUGGUGAGAAAAAAAUAUUAAAUAUAGUAAAUUACUAACCGUUGCCUAUCUAUGUUAAGAUCACGCUCAAUAAAUGUUGUAGCGAGCUAAAGAGGUAAUUACUAUUGUGAAAAUAAGAGUAAAGAAACAAAAUAUAUAUGAUGAUGAACUAGUCAAUUACAGAGAUGCCUCUAUGAAUGUGACGUGCUAUGAUGAAUUGUGCGUAAUUAAGAUCGUAGAACGCUUUAAAAAAUGAAUCGGGUUCCGAUUGCGCGAAUUUUAUGCUUUUCUAACGCGCUUCCCCCUCUCUUCAAUGCACGAAGGGUUCUCCCCAAAAACACCUCCAAUACAUACGGUUAAGGCAUGAGCAGUAUCCAGUCGUUUCCGGUAGAAGAUGCAAUAAUGUUAAACGGAAACGUAUUUCGUACUAGCUCGCUGUCUAACCGAUUCCACUGAACUUUCGGUUUACGGGACUCUGGUACUUUGUUUUUCUUACUUUUCGUUAGAUGAAAAUUCCAAAAUUUGUUUUUUCGAAUAGAUAAAACUCUUGACUCUAGAGCGUCUGAAGUUUGCGUAUACAGUAUGGAUACAAAAAUAAAGAAUUAUCUUGAAAUGGCAUUAUGAUCUCUUCAUGUUAUUAGAUAUAUAAUUAUCUAAAUUACCAUAAAAUUUAUCGUAUGGUCAUCAGAAAUUUUUAGAGGGAAUUUAUUGAAAAAAUUAAAAAAUUUUAUAAAUAUUGAAAUCAAAAGUCUAAUAAUGCCACGAGUCCCGUUGGUCGUGAGAUUUAAUCUUAAAUUCUCUACAUGUCGUACAUUCAUUAUUUAAUGCAAUAAACGCGUAGUGCAAUCAGCUGCAGUCGCAAGACUUAGCUAACACUUUCGAUUCGAUUCGAUUCGAUUACUUCACUAUUGUAUCCCAAAUUUCAUUAUUGGGAAUUUUUGGACAGUAGUCGCACCCUUGCGUAACCAAUUUUUUGAUUCUCUCCACGUCAAAGAAAGUCAUAGAGGGAGAGAGAGAGAGCGUAGUUUCUCGAUUAUAUAAUAAAUAACAAAAUCUUGUGCUGCUAUAUUUGCUGCUAUCGUUAUCACUUGUUUUGCUCUUUCCUCAUUAUUAAGUUCAUUUCCAUUUCUGAUUGCCCUUCUUGCACUUGCACUCUUUAUCACAUUGUUACCACUCACUUUCCCUUUCCUUUUAUCGAUACCUCUUCCACUGUAUAUUUUUUUUUAAAUUAUUGACAACUUUUGAAACUCAAUAAUUAGCCGCAUUGUUUUGGAAAAUUUUUCUUGGCGUUCUAUCCCAGUUUUUUUUUCUUUGCCUGUCUGAAACUGUCACCUGACUUUCAUUGAUCCCGGGAAGAAUUUCACGAAGCUCCUCGUCUCUUCACGUACAUCUUACGACGUCCUUCAAAUGUGAAUUACGCGUCCUUGAAGUAGAAGAAUACGUGGCUGCAAGAAUUUGCAUAAUAGAUGUACAUGAAACUACGGUCGCACGAAGUCCACACGAGAUGCGUCUCGAAGCUGUUCGAGAUAGAUUACUGAUAUAAGAUUAUACAAAUCCUCGUAGCCGAGUAUUGUCAAACUUGACACAAUACAAUUAAAAAUUGGCAAUGACAAUAUGUGCCAACCUAUCCCAACAAUAUACCUAACACAAAAAUGCAAAAUUUAAGAUACAAUCACAAAUUUCGUAUCAAUCUAAACCAUCAAUAUCCUGACCUCUAUAUACAAGUAUUGAUAGAACAAAUGUCAUUAAAGAUUGAAAUAACGAAUCGCACAGAGAAUUCGUCGUCGAACACGCAAGUCUUCAGGAUUUAAUAACCAGCUGAGUAAUACAAGAAUCAGUUACCAUUGAUGUUAUUCGCUAAUGGAACUAACUCAAUGUGAAAUUCAAGCUUCGAAUCAUGAAGCCUCUCAAUACGAAUCCCCGUUAGACAUAAAUUCAACCCACUAUAUAAAGGGUGAUACAAAAUUUUUCGUUACUUGGCAAAUCAAGAUUGUCAAUGAUCGAAAACUUUCGAGACACCUUCUAGUUCAAUCUUCCCCAAAAUUAAUCAGUAUUAUAAAAUAACAUUACAGCUGAUAAUGCUAAUAGACUAAUAUCAUUCUAAUAAGGGUAGGACGCGAUAAUUCCAAUCAAUUUUGUCGGAGACGGUGAGAGAACGGAAAGAGAGCGAGAGAGAGAGAGAGAGAGAAAAAAAGUGUCAUGUAUGUCUGUAUGGGAGAGUGUGCCAAUAUAUAGGGUGGAAUGUUUGGGGUGCGACAUCGCUAGUCUCGGUACAUGCAUACGAAAGGAAAAGAAGUUAUGGUCCCCUGGCAGUUUCCUGGGCGGCCUUCAUUAUUAACUAUUAAUUACACUUUUGUACCUAGUUGCUAGUUUUGUACUAGUUUUGUAACGUACCUCACCAUGGACGUGCUGUUAUUACAUAUUUUAAUGGUUGUUAAACGUUGAUUGAUAAAUUACAUUGUACGUGUUCACGUUGUAGAAUUCCAAUCGGUCGAUCGGAUCGAUGGGAUUGAUUGACCCAAGGUAAAAAGGAAAAGUAAAAAAAGAAAUAACGACAAAAAAGUAUACUCGGUGUGGUAACUGUACGAAUAGCUCGUUUCCAUAUUAAUUCCCCUUUGACUCGUCGAAUAAUACAUUUUCAAUCUCGUCCACGAUUUUACAAUCAAGUUUCGUAAUGGAAAAUGUACACUUUAUUUAUUUUCUUUUUUUAGUAUUCCUUCAACUCGUAUAUCUCAACGUUAAAUUUCAUAGCUGUAAUAAUAUUUGCACAUUCAGGAUACGUGAGCUGUAACAGCAACGACAAGAACAAAGUAAGGAAGAAAAAAAAUUCGUGAUAGAAUAUGGAUUUUUCGCAAUGAAUUUCAAUUCAAUAAAAUAUAUAUACUAUACGAUUCAUAUGAAACCCUUAAUUCAAUAUAUAAUAUUAUUUAUGAAUAUCGAUGGCCUACAUGUUCGAAUCGAGAUACCACACUUGGUAUAAGCUUUGUUACGUUCUCCGGUGUCACUGAGUUUCGCAACUGCUUCGGAAAAUUUAUAAAAUUAUCACCCGCUGUGGAAAAUCAUUUUUCGAAUUUCCUUUAGAUCUGACAUUUCUCUAGGUUUUUUUCUUUUUUUUCUUCACAGAAAUCAACCUCUUCCUGGAAACACAAAAAAUUUUGUAAAUCAAGAGAGACAAAAGAGAUACAAGUAUGACUAUAAAAAAUCAUAUAAACGCAAAGGUCGAAGCAAUCGCGACAUCCUGUGAAACGGAGAACGGGGUGAGACUAGAUGAUACAGUACGAUGUUGUAAUGGUAACGAAAUGAGUUUUCGAUAACGACGGUACAACAUUAUAAAUUAUCGUCCUAGGCUUUAGAGUAGAAUAUUAUUCCAAUAAUAAAUACAGUGAUAUCGUAGAUACAGCAAUUUCACUCUAUAUCGAAA